AUGGAGCUGGAUUUGUUUGAGCUUGAUGGAAAAUGGUACCUUGCAGCUGUAGCUACAGAGAUCAAUAUUCAAGGUGACUGCGCGACCGUGGUCUUCAGCCACAAGAACACCAACACAACGGAUGUUUCCAUCAGUUGGAUAGUCAAUAACACGGCUAGCUACUUCAACGGUUCCGUAGCUCUGACAAGUGAUAGUACUGGAGCGGAUUUCUUGAUGAUCACUUAUACCGAUAAAAAAACUGAAACAUAUUCAGUGCUGGACGUGGACUAUGAACACUACGCAGUAAUGUUUGUAUGCUAUGACGAUCCUGAUAGCAAUAGCAGCAGUUAUGAACUAUGGAAACUAACUCGAUCACCGCACCUAAAGAAGACAGAUGCGAUGAAGCUGGACCAGGCAGUAGGCAACUACAGUCUCCAGUCCACUCCGUUCAUGUAUUUCAACAAUACAGAAGACUCUUGCAGGAUCAACGCUGGGAGUCAUUUGAACCCUUCUGCAUUGGUUAUGACGUCAGCAGCUGCUAUGACGUUAUUUAGACGGCUUUAUUAAUGACUUCUAUAAACUUCUUUAUCUUUAUCAAGCAAUGGCGUUUAUAGAUCGUUUGAGCGAAGUAGACGUUGAAGAGAAAA